AGAUGGCCUCCUCCUCCUCAAAAUGUAGGCUAAACGCGCAAGGAAUUGACGAACAACCUCUACUGCACAUUGAAAGACCACAGAUUCAACGUCUUUAUCGACGAGAACGAAUUGACCAGAGGCGAAAUUAUCACACAAGCACUGAAGCAAGCAGUCAAAGACUCUAGGCUUGCUGCUGUCAUCUUCUCAAGCGGGUAUGCCGAGUCGAGAUGGUGUCUUGAUGAGCUGGUCGAGAUCUUGGCCUGCAGAAGAAUAAUGGGGCAAAUGGUUUUGCCAAUUUUCUAUGACAUCGAUCCCUCCGAUGUCAGGCAUCAGAGGGGUGCUUUUGAGGAAGCAUUCCGGGAACAUCAAAAGCGCUCCCCUGAAAUGGUGCAGACCUGGAAAGAUGCUCUUAAUGAAGCUGCAGAGUUGGGCGGCGAGGAUUUUAGUGCGACUGAUGGGUGAUUACUUACUUCCUUUUCCUUUUUAAUUCCUUAAUUAUAAAAUUCAAUUGCCAACCUGACAAUUCUUCAUAUGGAAGGGUGCACCAAUCUCACUGCUGCUUUUAAGGAAUCAAUCCAAAGGGAAGAUUAAAAUAGGGAUCAAUCUGGAAAAGGAAAAAUUAAUCCAUGAAUAUGCACUCGACUGUCAAUCUAUGCCAUAUUCAAGUGAGUACAAAGAGGACGGCAAUCAUAAGACAGGACACAGUGAUGACUCGUCCCAUGAGAAUCAAUCCUGCAGAAGACUGAGGUCCGAUCCAGUGUUGAAAGAAAUGCAGAAGAAGAAACUGAUGAAAUCAUGCAAGAAGGAAGCAGCGUGGGCUAACAGAAGAAGAAAAAGGGAAUUGAAGCAGUUCAAGGACUCACUUUAGAUUUGCAAGAGUCGGAUGAGGCUAGGCUUCAGUACAGAAGCAUUUAGAAACAUGCAGAGUCAGAGAUUGCUCAAACUCAAUUACGUCAAGCUCACUGGCAGUUACAACAAUUAAUCAUUUCAGCAUACCUCACCCCACGCUCAUAACAUAUUUCAUAGCCCUUGGGAACCUGAGUUACGUUGUCUGGGAUACAUUCCAGGUAUGAAGGAAGGUUUGUCGAGCAAAUUGUUGACGAGAUCACUAGAAAACUGAAGAACACAUACAUGACCGUAGCCCCAAACCCAGUUGGAAUAGAUUCUCGGGUGCAAGAAAUUGGUAAAUAUUUGGCUGAUGGAGGAUCAGAUGAUGUCCGCAUAAUUGGAAUUUGGGGUAUGGGUGGACUGGGUAAAACGACGGUUGCCAAAGCCAUUUUCAACAAAUAUCAGGAUAAGUUUGUACGUAAAAGUUUUCUUGCUAAUGUGAGAGAAGAGGAACUGGUCGAUUUGCAAAACAAACUUCUUUCUGAUGUGUUGAGAUUAAGAAACAUAAAGGUUCGUAGAGUUGAUGAAGCGACCGAGGAAAUAAAAACAAGACUUCGCAACCUAAAGGUACUUGUCAUAGUUGAUGAUGUAGACAGCGUGAAACAGUUAGAAGCAUUAGCUAUAAAAUUUUACUCAUUUGGUCCAGGGAGUAGAAUUAUUAUAACCACAAGAGACCAACAUUUGCUAAAGAUGUUAAAAGCGAAUACGAUAUAUCAUCUACCAGCAAUGAAUAAAGAAGAAGCUUCUGAGCUCCUUUGUUGGCAUGCCAACAAUUAUCCUAUUAAAGAAUUUCUUCAAGUCCCAAGAGAAGUUGUUGAUUACUGUGGAGGUUUGCCACUAGCACUUGAAAUUUUAGGUUCUUAUCUAUCUGGGACAAGCAUAAGUGAAUGGAAAAGUAAGUUGGAGAAAUUUAAAAGUCAUCAUAGUAGGGAAAUUCUCAAUAACCUGCUUCUCCUCCCCCAACCCAACGAGCUAUGGUUAUAUAUGGAGCGCCUGCUGGGUUGA